AUGAGUGUAAUCGACAUUCUAACCAGAGUCGACGCGAUCUGCCAGAAGUACGACAAGUACGACCUCGACAAGCAGAAAGAUCUCAACGUCUCCGGCGACGACGCCUUCGCCCGCCUCUACGCCUCCGUCGAGUCCGACAUCGACGCCGCUCUUCAGAAAGCGGAGGCAGCAUCGAAGGAGAAAAACAGAGCUUCUGCUGUUGCUAUCAAUGCCGAGAUUCGCCGCAACAAAGCUCGAUUGCUCGAGGAGGUCCCUAAAUUGCAGAGAUUGGCUAUAAAGAAGGUCAAGGGGCUUUCAACGGAAGAAUUUGCUGCCCGUAAUGAUUUGGUCCUUGCCCUGCCAGAUAGGAUUCAAGACAUACCAGAUGGGACUGCAGCUGCACCCAAACAAACUGGUGGAGGCUGGGGAGCUUCUGCUUCUCGUACAGAAAUCAAGUUUGAUUCCGAUGGACAGUUUGACAAUGAAUACUUCCAGCAAACAGAAGAGUCCAGCCAAUUCAGGCAAGAGUAUGAAAUGCGGAAAAUGAAGCAGGACCAAGGGUUGGAAAUGAUAUCAGAAGGUUUGGAUACAUUGAAAAACAUGGCUCACGAUAUGAACGAGGAGUUCGAUAGGCAAGUUCCUUUGAUGGAUGAGAUCGAUACUAAGGUGGACAAGGCAGCUUCUGACCUUAAGAAUACCAAUGUGAGACUCAAAGACACUGUUAAUCAGCUGAGGUCCAGUCGAAAUUUCUGUAUUGAUAUUAUACUGUUGUGCGUAAUUCUUGGGAUUGCUGCUUAUCUGUACAAUGUAUUGAAGAAGUAAGACAAGGGCUGCUGUUUGUGCUCGUAUCGUAUUGGCUUUAUCUGGUAUUGUCUUACAUUGAUUGAGGCCUUGCUAUGUGUUUGAUUUUGUAUUUGAAUGGUCUUUCUGACGUUUGUUUGUCUUUUCUCAUGCUUGGAAGAAAAUACCUUUGUCUCUCACAUGCAGCUUUGGUUUUCUGUAUUAAUAACAUAUUCUUUGUUUCAGUUUUUACUUUGUUAUUUUAGUUUGCGGUUGUAUUUCAUGCAUUUGUUAA